GGCGUGCCAGUCAAGCCUUGCACGCCGGAGUUGGAGGUGGUGGCCCUCGCCUGUGGCCCCUGCACUUCUUGCGCUCGACCCCGCCACCAUGGACGGACCCCAGGAUCCUCUGAGUGGGAAGCUCCGGCUCUGCUUCUCCCCCGCUGCCCGGACCAGCCUCCUCCUGCUCAGGCUCAAUCACACGGUUCUGCGUGCGCUGCAAGAGUGUGAGCGGCAACAGGUACGGCCGGUGAUCGCCUUCCAAGGCAACCGCGGGUAUCUGAGGCUCCCAGGCCCUGGCUGGUCCUGCCUCUUCUCCUUCAUAGUGUCCCAGUGUGGCCAGGAAGGGUCUGGAGGUGGCUUGGACCUUCUGUGCCAACCUUUUGGCAGAUCUGGGCCUAACUGCCUCCACUGCCUGGGCCCACUCAGGGAGCGCCUCACCAUUUGGGCAGCCAUGGAUUCUAUCCCAACCCCAUCUUCAGUUCAGGAUCACAACCCAACCGAAGAAGCUAGAGAGCCAAGGAAUUGGCAGAACACAGGAGACUAUUCUGAGGAAGAUGCAAUAUCACAGUCACAGGUGGCACUAGAAGAGGUGCCAGAUCAGCUGGCAAGCAACCAAGGACAGUCACUCCCAGGAUCCUCCAGGGAACAUAUGGCACAGUGGGAAGCGAGGAACCAGGCCCAUCUUCCUAACAGAGAGCCUGAUCAGCGACUGCCUUCCAGUGCCAGCCAGAAACAUCUGGACAAGAAACGUUCAGCACCUGCAGCCACUACAGAACUGAAAAAAAAGAGGCUCAGAGCUCUGCCAUUAGCUCAAAGUCCCCUACAAGGGCUGCCUAGUCAGGACCCACAAGAUUGGGAACAAGAUGAAGAUGAAGACAUGGGCCCCAGGCUGGAGCACAGUCCCUCAGUUCAAGCAGAUUCUGAAUCAUCAAGCCCUGAGGAGGUACCAGACUACAUCCUGCAAUACAGGGCCAUCCACACUGUAGAGCAGCAACAUGCUUAUGAGCAGGACUUUGAGACAGAUUACACUGAAUACCGUAUCCUGCAUGCCCGUGUUGGGGCUGCAAGCCAAAGAUUCAUAGAACUGGGAGGCGAGAUCAAGAGAGUUCAGCGAGGAACUCCCGAACACAAGGUGCUGGAAGAAAAGAUAGUCCAGGAAUAUAAAAAAUUCAAGAAGCGGUACCCAGGUUACAGGGAAGAAAAGCAUCGCUGUGAGUACCUGCAUCAGAAAUUGUCCCAUAUUAAAGGUCUCAUCCUGGAGUUUGAGGAAAAGAAUAGAGGCAGCUAACACAGUCACAGGGCUCUUGACCCUCUGCCCAGUGAGAUAUGAACAAAAUAGCCAUGAAUUAAAUAGGGUGCAACUGUUUGCUCUUCUUAUUGCUGACCCCUUGAGUCCAUGGUGACAAGCAGGUUUGAUUUCCAUUGUUGCUAUAUUGUAAUUUUAGGGUGCAGGCACAGGGCCAACACUCCAUAGCUGGGCCCAGGAGACUAGAUGUAGCAUAGGCUUGACUUCACCUUUAGUUCAGCCAAAUUAUUUUCACAUCCUGAGAAAUGACACCAUUUCCAGGACAAGACACCUUGAGGACAUUAGACAAACUAAAUAAGGGAAUUUAGCCUGAUAGCCUCUCAAGAAAAUGAUGAUGAGAACUUUUGGUAACAGAGCUAAAGGAACUUACAACACACCUGGAUGUAACAGGCACUAUUAUCUUACUGAAAGAAAGGGGCUUGAGUGUUACCCAUGUACUGAAAGAGAAUUCCUUUACAAACAUGGCUAAAAAAAAUUAAAAUUGUUUCUGUGUUCUUUUUGCAA